AUGCUCUCUGGAGUUUCGAAUCUACUCGAGUUCGCACUUUUGAAUUCCGCUCCGUUUUCGUGGUUUAUGCACUCAAAGUUCUCCUUUGCUUGUGUGGAUGCUGUUCUUCUCGGGGCCGAUAUCCUGGAUUACAGAAGUAGAAGAGGGGAAUUAAUACCACGGUUCCAUGCUCACAUCACGGCUUCCCCACGUCUGGCAAAGAAAGCAAAUAACUCGAACUCUCUUGAUGACCAAUGCCAUUGUCCUCCUCGGAGUAAGUAUCCGUUAAGUUGGUUUCCCGCCUCUGUGACGAAGUUCUUCGCCACAAUUCCUUCUAUCUCUUCAUCGUCGUUGCUUAAUACUCACUCAAGCCCCCUUGCCGUAGAAUGGGAAUUUGACCCAGACCUCUCCACUUUUUCCCCAAUUCAUGAUCUACCCGACCAGGAAACUCACUGUGCCCUUAUGAUCUGUCGACCUCUUUCUAACGGCGCCAGUGCUAUCUAUCAUGUGUUUGGAAAGUAUCACUUGAAAUGGCCUAGUGAAAUGCAAUUGGAAAUAAGAAACGUCAUUGCCAUGCUCCACCCACCCCCUUGCUCUCCCUCCCCAUCCAACAUACACCUACAACUGCCCUCUGAAGAUCACCCUCCAAGAAAUCCAACCCAAAGCCGUCUCCACAUUCUCCUCCGAGGCCCAAUCAGGUAUGCUGAUCUUCCUGCCUACACGCCAAUUCUUGCGGGCUUUGCCAUGAUACAUUCAAUAAGUAAAUCUUCGUCCGUAGUGAACACCACCGCAAGGCCUCUGAAAAGAAAUAUGGUUAGAAUCUCAGGGCCCGGCGGCAACCGACUCCCGACUGAUCCUCUGUACUACAAGUCGAGGUUCGUCUUGAGUGACAUUGCUAGACGGAUGAAGUUGGAAGGUCGUGGUCCAACAGUACCUUAUGAUACGUGGGCAAACAACGACUUAGCAAAGUAUUCUAUUCUCGCGAAGACCACUUCAAGGGAUUCGGAAAGCAUCAUGGCCGAUUUGUUCUCAGACAAUAGCUGGAUGGCUCGUUUCGCCAAUGUAGAAGACUUCCAGGGGAUCAAACCUUACAAUACGGCCCAUAUUGGUGGGAAGCCUUCCUGCCAGGACAAGGCGAGACCCUUGAGGAUUCAACUCUUAUGGAUGGGGCUCAGGCAGUCUCUGCAGGAUAGUCCACGGAUCAAAGAUUUGACAGCUCAUGAUUGCUUCGUCGAACAGAUGAAACUUACAUACCUGCCGACGGAGUAUAAAGGCAUUUUCAAGCUCCUUUCUAGACCGUAUCUAGAGAGGAAUUCAGCAAUUGAUAUGAAUCGGGCAAGGAGUGAGAUGUGGAGCGCUUUUGAAGCAAUAAUCAGCAAGAACUCGAGCCAGCUCUCAGGAGACGACCUCUGCCACCAGGUUUCUCGUCAAAUAGGCAGAGAUCUUGACAGCCAGAGACAAGGGGGUCAGGCUACAUCCAGAGAGAGGGAUCUUGAGAGAAAUUUCUUAAAUGGCUGA